GUCCCCGACGCUAUUCAUUUCGCAGCGAAAAGCGCGCAGACUGCUAUCUUAUCAGCCAACGCAUAUCAUCAUGUCUUCUUCCGCCACCUCUCAGGCGCACGCGCAGGUCAACGGCGCGCCGGUGCGCAUCUCGUCAGCAGAUGCGAUCGCUAUGGAACACCAGUUCGGUGCGCACAACUACCAUCCCCUCCCGAUAGUUUUUGAUCGUGCGCAGGGCGCGAAGGUAUGGGACCCCGAAGGCAAGGAGUACAUUGACAUGCUCUCAGCGUACUCCGCUGUGAACCAGGGCCAUUGCCACCCUCGCAUCAUCCAGACGCUCGUAGAGCAGUCGCAGCGGCUGACGCUCUCGUCGCGCGCCUUCUACAACUCGGUCUUCCCCCAGUUCGCGAAGAAGAUCACGGAUACCUUUGGAUAUGACAUGGUCCUUCCGAUGAAUACGGGUGCUGAGGCCGUCGAGACCGGUAUCAAGCUCGCUAGAAAGUGGGCAUACGAGAAGAAGGGCGUCCCUGAGGGCAAGGCUGUCGUCUUUAGCGCCGAGGGCAACUUCCACGGCAGAACCAUCGGUGUCAUCAGCAUGUCAACUGACCCGGAGUCACGAAACAACUUCGGUCCUUUCGUCGGCGGUGUUGGUCCCAACUUCGUAAGUGCGAAGGGGCAGAAGCAGGUCAUCCGGUACGGACACGUGGAGGACCUUGAAGCUGCUAUCUUGAGCGCUGGUCCCGAGAAUGUGGCGGCCUUCUUGGUCGAGCCGAUCCAGGGCGAGGCUGGUAUUGUUGUCCCUCCCGAGGGCUACCUCCAGGCCGUCCGGGAGUUGACGAAGAAGCACAACAUCCUUCUCAUCUGCGACGAGAUCCAGACCGGCCUUUGCCGGACAGGCAAGAUGCUCGCCUGCCAGUGGGAUAACAUCCGUCCGGACGUGAUCCUGCUUGGCAAGGCCCUGAGUGCAGGAGCGUACCCCGUGUCCGCUGUGUUGGCGGACAAGGAAGUCAUGCUUUGCAUCCGCCCUGGCGAGCACGGCAGCACCUACGGAGGAAACCCCCUCGGGUCCGCCAUCGGUAUCACUGCGCUGGACAUCCUCCUUCAGGAGGACCUUGCUAACCGGGCGCUGAAGCUCGGAGAGAUCUUCCGCUCCGAGAUCACUGCGCUCAAGCACCCCCUCGUGUCCACCGUCCGCGGCCGCGGCCUGCUGAAUGCCGUCGUGAUCGACGAGACGCAGAGCAAGAAGGGCCGCACGGCGUGGCAGUUCUGCCUGCUGCUCAAGAGCAGGGGUGUGCUGGCGAAGCCGACGCACGUUAAUAUCAUCCGGUUUGCUCCCCCGUUGGUUAUCGAGGAGGCUGACCUUCGCAAGGCGGUCAAGAUCAUCGCUGAGUGCCUUGAUGACCUUGACGAGCUCGACAAUAUCCCGGGCGAGGCCGAGAGCGAGAAGGGCUUCAAGGACACGCUGUCUCUGUAAGUUGAUGAUCGGCGCUUACGCGGUGCAAGUGACCCCACGCACUGGACACGAAUGGAUGCUCUCCCUUGGCGUACACAAAUGGAGCGCAGGAGGAUCGUCGGACGCCUGGCGCUUCUAUGUGGGUGGCAGCAAUACACCAUUAUCCCUAUGUAUUACCAGAUCUACUUACAUCUUGUAUAUGUCCCAACCAAACAAUUUAUCUCUGCUCGGAGAAACUGGCGCAGACGAUGAGCUUCACGAG